AUGCGACAUUAUUAUCCCGCGCCUUCAAAACGUGUUUGCGCGAAAACACUCCAUCAGACAGACUUGGACUGCUUCGAAGCGUCGAAGAGGUCACCUCAAAAUUCCACUUUCUCUUUCCCAUACGGAUCUCAAUGCGGACGAAUAUGCUUAUUCACCUCGACUCAACGGACUUUUGGACUGGGGUUACUUAAGGUGUCUCCCUUACGGUAUCGAUGGUGA